AUGAGUAUUAUCCCUGGAAUUAAUUAUAAUAAACAAUCCUUUGUGGUUCCUGGAACAGAACGGGAUGGACAAACUGGUCAUUAUAGGAAUGCACUUCUUCCUAAUGGUCAAUUGAAAAUAUCUCCGGACCCUGGACUCACCCGUUUACAUGAUAUCUGGCAAAAUUCAUUGAAGAAAUUUAGAAAUAGAGAAUGUUUAGGGAUCCGUCAAUUUGAUGAAAAAACAAGAAAUUUUGGUGACUAUAUAUGGCAGACAUUUGAACAGGUUAACGAACGAAUCACAAAUUUUGGAAGUGGGCUUUUGCAUCUUAAAUCAAAUAUAAUCAAAGAUGGCCAAGUUGAAAGGUUUAUUGUUGGGAUUUGUUCUGUUAAUCGUCCUGAG